AGUUUGCGCGGUUUUGCAAAAUUCAAAAACCCAGAAAAAACCCAUUUCUGAUCAUCAUGGCGGAGACCGAACCGGAAACCCAGAAACCCCAAGAAACCCGAAAGAGGGGAGAUUGGUCCCUGACGGACUUCGAGAUAGGAAAACCGCUGGGCAAAGGCAAAUUCGGGCGGGUCUACGUCGCCCGAGAAGUCAAGAGCCAAUACGUCGUGGCAUUGAAGGUGUUGUUCAAGAAGCAGAUAAAGAAGUACAACAUUCACCACCAGCUGAAGAGAGAGAUGGAGAUUCAGACGAGUCUGAGGCACCCCAACAUUCUUCGUCUCUAUGGUUGGUUCCACGACGAUGAGCGCAUCGUGUUGAUUCUUGAGUACGCUCAUGGCGGUGAGCUUUAUGGGCUUUUGAGGGAUUGUACCUACUUCACUGAGAAACGAGCCGCGACUUAUAUCUUGAGCUUAGCGCAAGCUUUGGCCUAUUGUCAUGAAAAGGAUGUGAUUCAUAGGGACAUUAAGCCUGAAAACUUGUUGCUUGAUCAUGAGGGUCGAUUGAAAAUUGCAGACUUUGGAUGGUCUGUGCAGUCAAAGAAUAAGAGACGCACCAUGUGUGGAACUCUGGAUUACUUAGCCCCAGAACUGGUGGAGAAUAAGGCUCAUGACUACGCAGUCGAUAACUGGACUUUGGGCAUUCUUUGCUAUGAGUUUCUCUUUGGCGUUCCUCCCUUUGAGGCUGAAAGUCAAAAAGAUACAUUUCAAAGGAUAGUGAAGGUUGACCUGAGCUUCCCUGCAACACCUCAAGUUUCUGCUGAAGCCAAAGACCUCAUUACCAAGCUUCUCGUGAAGGACAUCUCAAAGAGGCUCUCUCUUCAGAAGAUCAUGGAACACCCAUGGAUAGUUAAGAAUGCAGAUCCUACUGGUAUCUGCAAUAACUAGCUUUCUCUAACUAUGAUCCUUCUCGACCAUAUCUCUGAAGAGUUUUAAGCUACGAUUCACGUCUAAUGGUGUAUAUCUUGGUCUAUGUCAUGAACACCAAGAAGCAGCUAGUUUUCUAUUAUGGUCACCUACUUUGAGGGUUCAGGUAUCAUUUUCAUGCCAAUUAGAAGGCAAGAACAGCUUGUAUAUAUAGCUAGUGACACUACCUUUUGUGACUAUCGAUUCUGGGUUAUGUAGAACUUAGAGAACUUUAAUUUGUAGAAGCAUGGAAAUCUCUAAAAUGUUAGAGCUA